AUGCAUGCACUUCUGGUUUGGCGCGUAUAUCUGCUUGAUCUUCCAUUCACAGUCGAGACUGAUCACAAGAGUAUUGAGACUAGCUUGACGCAGAAGACAACAAAUCGUCGUGUGGCUCGAUGGUUUAAUGAACUCGCGGAAUUCCAUCCUCAAUUCAAGUGGAUUCCUGGCGACAGUAAUCAGGUGUCAGAUGCAGUGUCUCGAAACCCAUUGUUUGAGCAUAAGGCCGCGCAAGUUAGCCUAAAUGAGCUAAUUGAAGCUGCGCGCAACAGGGAAAUAGUUGCCAGUAUCCAGACUACGAGUGUUACGUUAGCACACUCGGCCAAACAACUUUACUCUACGGACAUGCGUGUUCAGGAGCUAUUGCAGAGUAUAAGUAGUGGUAAAGAGGUACCACGAUAUUCUGUGAACAAUGGAGUACUUUACUACCAGGCACGCGAUGAUGUAAACCCGCGACUGGUGGUUCCGGAUAAUGAAGAUCUGAAGAACCGUGUUAUUUGCGAGAACCACGACGUGGUCAUGGCAGGUCACCCUGGGUACUUCAAGACAUACUUAGGUGUCCAGAAGAAGUAA